GGGUCGGGGAGGCGACUGGAUGGCGACUCCUAGAAAAGCACUCCCCUGGCGUCCAGCUUGCCGGGCCUCACCUCGCACCGCUCGCACCGCCCCGUCGGCCUCAGCCCCCGCGGGGGCAGAGCGCAACCAAUCGGUAAGCGAGGCACGGACACACCCCGUGCUCCGGGUGCCGCCGCCAAGUCUCAUUGGCUGGGCGCGCCUGGAAGGUGUGGCCUCGGGCGCGGCGGGCGGGGGUGCCUCCCGGCUCAGUAGACAAAGACUGUGCUUCUCGGGCCCGCCCGCACGGCGCAAGGAAGGGGCAGUGCGGUGGGCACACUGCACACUGGAGCCCAGAACCUCCCAACCGCACGGUCCGAAGGGCGGCGCUCGAUCUGCUUCAAUCCUCGGACCCCUCACGGUAUUUGGAUGCGACUCUCCUGCUCAACCUCAUCGUCCUUGCCUGUGUCAAGAGGACACAGUGGCGAGUGCACACGUGGAACGCCGCGACUCUCCCAAGGCCUACUUUGGUCUUGGACUCAGCUUGCUGGGAAAGUUCGAGAACGACCGCCCACUUGGAGGGGCCUCUGAGGCCCCGGAUCUUCUUAAGCGAACGCGCAGGAGUACUGAGGACCCAGUGCACCCAGGCAGAGACAGGGACUUGAGUUUGAAGGACGUAGAAACGUUUUCAAACAGAAGGGGCCUGUGGAUGGGGCCUGAGGAUGGAAGGGUGCCGCCAAGCCCGACGUGUUCCUGGGAGCCGCCAGCAGGCCAGAUCAGGGGCGCGGGCAUCUGACUGCAGCUCUGGGCCUUGGGACAGGGUGAGCUAGGUGCAGGACAAGGAGCAAGCAGAUAUUCCAGGCUUGGAGAGCAUUAAAGUUGAGGUGGGCUAAGAACCCGACGCGCCGCCCCCCACCCCCCCAGUUGCUGGUAAUAUCUACAACAGCAAGGAGUCUGGAAGCAAGUCCAAGUGAUGGAUACAGCCAUCACUUACCGGGCCUCUGCUGGUCGUGACUUUCUUUUAAGCUGAGAGUGGAGUAACAGACUCCUGUGGUUACUCGAACUCUGCUCUUGCCUCUCCCCUCCCUAAACUGGGCGCGGAGUUGUGGGAUGGCAGAUCUGAUGGAGGGGCAGCUCUGAGACCAGGGACCCCAGUGUUGUUUGAGAGGUGGUGUUUAUCCUUGGAAUUGAAUGGACCCUUCGUGAAGCCGACACCCAAGUCCAGGCCUGCUGACCCCUAGUCCAGUGCUUGUGGUGGCUACUGGGCCCUGAACUAGGGGUCUGGAGACCUGGGUUUGAUCUCCACAGGCUUUGAGUCAUCUGGAUGCCUUCUAAAGGCAGGUGGUAAGAGGAAGAAGGAAGUACACACUGGAACUGGGGUGAUUGUAGGAUCCCUCCUGAGGCCUUUGCCAUUAACCCCAGCAAUCCUCCUGCAGGGACACAGCCAUAAGAAUACCCUGGGGUCCGGUGGUAAAGCUCGGGUCUUCACGCCUCCACCCUGGUUUCUGGUUCUAAGAAACGGGAGGGCAUCCGAUGAGACAAGACGGCUCUUUCUGCCUGUGGCUUCGAGACAGGCUCUUGAUAUGUAGCCCAGGUUGGUCUUGAACUUGACACCUUCAUGGCCUGCCUCCUGAAUGAUGACACCUGGUUACCUUUUCUUUCCCUGGAGGUGGAACUCGGGGUCUCAUGCAUGCUGGGAAGGCAAGAGGAGAACUUCCUGAGCCUCAUCUCUUCAGCCCUUGUUCUGUGUUGAAGGGAACGUGCGUCAAAAAGCCAGAGAGAGGAAGACAGGUAGGAGCGUGGGAGAGCCUGCCUUCAUGCGGAUGUCAUUCCUGGCAUUAGCUGUGUGGAGCUCUGACCCCCUCUACGGAAGGGUUCAGGAGCCUCAUACACACACAUGGGUACUCACUCCAUAGUUGAGCUGCAGAACCAUUGGAGGGACUAGAGACCGACCCUGUAGAGAUCCUGUGGGACCCUGUGGGACCCUGUGGGACCCUGUGGGCAGAGCUUGGGUGGGCCAGUUGUGGCGGGCCGGUAUUGUGUCUGGACUUACUAGGUUUGGGGACAAAAUGCGUGAGGGAAUGGAAGGCUAAGCUAAGGUUGCAUGUCACCCUGGGUGGGUCAGGAUCUGCCCUGUGUGGCUGAGUGUGGCCCCUGGGCCUGCUGGUCAGCUCUGUUGGGGUUUGGGGGUGGGGUGGGGCAGGCACUUAUGUAGAAAGGAACCACUUGAGGCAGGUAUCCUGCUGUCCGAGAGCCCUUUGCCCAGGCCAUUGAUGAGCUGAGGCAGAAGACAAGGUAGGUCCAAAUGCUUGACCUUGGUUGUUGGCUGGGGAGAGACCAGAGAGUCCUGGAGCGCCCAGAUUCUGGGGCUGUAUUGUUUUAUUGUUGGCUUAUGUUUUACAAGGGUGAAAUUACUACCUCUUCAAACUCUGCCCCACGGGGACUGAGGUCUGUUUAGCUCUGAGGAUCCCAGUCAAAGGGCAAGCAGUAGAAGAGAGGCUGUGUGGGAAGGGGCUGUCAUUGC